CAUCUCUGCAGAUCCUACUCGAAUGAUAUUCGAAGGCUUCAGUGUAUAAAAAAAGAUGAGAACAAUAUCAGUUCACGUAUAAUAUUUGUUCAAACCAACCGACUCGUUCACUGAAAUGAUUCAUUCGAAACUCGUUGACGACACAAACGCCACUUACUGCAGUGAACUUGUUCAGCGUGGAUAAGUUUUCCCACACUCAUCACCGCGUGCUCCCUGUCGAAGCAGAGCUCACACCGGUAUUGUUUCUAUGUUUUGAGGUGAACGUGAACUAGCGCAGCACGGAUUUGAGUCGCCUUUCUCUUUAAUUCAGCUGGAUACUUUAUUGCGGAGCCCCCACAAAAUGUUGGAGGGCGGGCCCCGCAGCAGCAGUGCAGUGAGUUGUCAAAAUCUGUUGUGGUGGUGACGCCGAGGGUCCAGAACGCCCACUACGAUAAAUUAAUGUGAAGUUUGACUCGCAAGAGAUAGUGGUUAAAAACGUUACGAUUGUGAUUGUUCUUUUGAAUUGAGUUGGACGAUAAUGCAGCACUUUGUCUCACUGCAACUUCGCGCGGCGGACAGGCGCGAGGGCGCGGACAGUGCAUAGUUAUCCAGUGCGCAAGUGUCAUUCUGCUGGAUCAUCCCAAACUGCGACUCCAACCGCAGCGGGAUGCCUCUGAUCAGCCUGGACGACGACGAGCAGAGAUGGGUCCCGACGCACGUCAACGUGACCGUCCUUCGCGCGAGGGGUCUGCGGACGAAGGGCAAGCAGGGCAGCCGCUAUGUUUACACCAUCAUCCAGGUGGGCAAGGAGAAGUACACCACCGGCCUGGUGGAGAAGGCUGAGGAGCCGCAGUGGAGCGAGGAGUGCUCGUUUGAGCUGCUGCCCGGGCUGCUAGAGGCGGGUGGGAUGAGCAGCAGUCUCGUGCUCACAGUGAUGCACCGCGUGCUCAUCGGGCUCGACGUGUUUCUCGGUCAAGCUGUUAUUCCCCUCCACAAAGUUUUCCAGGAUGGAAUGUGUCCCAGAAAUGAGUGGGUCAAGCUGCACUCCAAGGCUGGUCGGAAGGAGAAGGAGCGGGGGGAGCUGCAGGUCACCGUCCAGUUCACCCGCAACAACAUGACCGCUAGCAUGUACGAUCUGACCAUAAAGGACAAGCCCCGUUCUGCAUUCGGAAAGCUGAAGGACCGCGUCACGGGAAGAAAGAGAGGAGACGUGGAAUCCUCCUCCGCCAUUUUACCUGGUCGCUUCGCCGCACUAUCAGGAUCUGUAGGUCCUCCCUUUGCAGGAGAUGGUGGACCAGAUGAUCCGGGCGAGGAAGAGGGGGUCGAUGUACACCAGAGUAAGGUGAAAGACUUCUUCCUUAAGGGGAAGCUGCGCAAGAAUUCAGACACUCGGUCGUGUUCGUCAUUGGCAUCAGACAGUAGCAUGGCUUCCUCUGCCGGGGAUCCAUUCAUCUCAGUAGAGCUGUCCAGAACGCCCAUCUACAGCAGCAGAGUGAUGGAGCCCUUCCGAAUGGACACUGAAGGUGGGAUGAAAGUGAUGACUCACAAGCGUGCACACAGUGAUGAAGCCAGUAAGAUCACCGGUCUUCCUCAUCCCAGCCCUGCUGUGGAAAACCUCAAAGGCCAAAUUAUGCCGCUCUCCAAAUCAACCCUCUGCAUCAACGGUAGCCACAUCUACUCAUCCGAGCCUGUCAGCCCCAAGAGUCCAAGCACCAUCCCGGCCAAGCGCUCCCUGCUGGAGAAAUGUGCGCCCCUUUCUCGCUCUCUCCAGAAUCUGACCCGACGUGGUGAAGACUCGCAGAAGAGCGAUGGGAGACGUUGGUCUAUUGAAAAGAGCAAGAAGGAGGACGGUGAGGCAGAUGAAGCUCAGAGUCCCGCCACCACGGUGGAAGUGGUGGAUAAAGGAAAAAAGCUGAGGAAAACUCUGUUUUCAAGCGGGCGGAGUGACUCUCUCCCAGCCAAGCCGGAGCAGAGCCAGGUUUCUGCUCCUCUUGAGGGCAGACGCAGAGGAUGGUUUGGCUCGGGUGACUCCCAGAACAAGCCAAGGCUGGGAGUCUCUCCUAAGGUAGAGAGCAGCUCAGACACCCCCUGUCAGAUCCCUUGCUCCCCCAGUCAGCCCCCAUGCUCUCUUCCCCUCGGUUGCACUACUGGCUCGGUGUCUCCCCCUAGUGGCAAUCCCACCAGCCCAUUCACUCACUCUUCCCCAACACCCACUUCGAUCUCUCCCUCCAACCCUUUCCUCACACGACUACAGCAAAACCCCUUUUUUGAGGAUCUUAUAGCCGAGGAAGCACUGAAGUCUCCGACUGCUGGCUACUGUUCUCUUAAUUCCAGUCUUUAUCAUUAUCCAGUCGGAUGCAGUCCCCUCCAUAAUGGAGCACAGAACAAAAUGUAUGCAAUAAAACGGGAAAGACCCAGAAGUAUGUCCAGACAGAGAUCUCUUCCGGCUAUUAUGCCUGAGACACCAGAUCGAAACUCGAACACUAAUCCGAACUACUCUCAAUCUGAGAGGGCUGGGGAAUGGGAUGAUUUUGAAGUAUUUGCCACCAGCCGGAUUAAAUCACCAAAUGGGACUCCAGCCAGACCUCCAUCGGCACCGUUUCUCUCAAAGGCACAUAAUACAAACCAGUGUGUAACCAACAAAGCGAACGCUGGUUUAAGGGUCGAUGAAGUUGACAUGGGUUUUUCAAGGCCAUGGGAUCUUCCUCCUCUACCACCACGUAGACCCAUGAGGACACAAGGGAUCACCAUGGACAGCUGGUUGGAUAGAGCCCAGGAGCUUGCUGUGCAGAAAGAGGCCUGCUUCCUUUCCCAGACUGACUUCGCCUCCCUUCAGCAUGCGAAAGAUGGACACUUGAAGAGAAAUUCUGAGAUUUUAUGUUCAGAUGCAGAGUUGCACCAUAUUUCUCCAGUAGGGUGUAACAAAAUAGAUGCAGAGUUGCACAGUGGUAUCAGACUGAAUGAAUUAAUGGUUGGGGAAGCAAGGGGUCAAACUUUUGCCACUAGCAAUGAUGGUAAUGCCUCACCAAAUGGUCCUGAAUGUGAGUACACGGUUCCUGAAACUCUGUGUUUCCCAUCUGACUGGGAAACCACAGUGACUGAAUCACUUUGCAGUUCACCUCAGACACAACCAAAACACGAUUCAGAAUCGUCCUGUGAAAUAAAGAUCUCCAGUGAACAACAAUGCAGGACUAAAACCGAUGGAGUGGCUUUGUUGACCCUCUCAACUAGAGAUUCUAACAACAAUACAGAAAGUACCUCAGAGUUUGCUUUUAUUGAUUCUGGAAGUUCACCGUCUGAGGUGCAACCACCUUUUGAAAUGAAUAAAGAUGGUGUUAAAUCAUCCAAAGAUUGUUCAAAUUUGCACUUGAAUGGUUCCUCGCUUCCCAGAUGCUCCCCAGGAUUACCAGAGGAUAUAUUGUCUAAAAUGGCAUCAGAGUUGGAGAUGUUUUCACCAAACAACACCUGUAGUAAUAUCACAUCUGACUCACAAAACCAUAAUCAUGGCUCGUCACCGUUUGAGGGAUCCAGUGAAGAACUGGGAAGACAUAAAGUCGACACUUGUGAACACCAAAACACUGCCUCAAAGCUUAACUGUGAGUCUUAUGACGUGGCUGAAGCUCUCCUCAACAAAGACCUCACUGUGAUCACUCAAACAUGCUCGAGCAAAGACAACACUGUGGCAUUGCAAAUCAAGCAAGAGGUAGCAAAAGACAAUGACUUGCUCACUGCACAUGAUGAUAAGAUGCAUAAUCAUUUAACAGAAGGUAACCUAAACUCUGAAGUCUUCUUCUUAAAGAACAAGGUUGAGGAAUCUUGUUCGAUGCUGGAGGAACAAAUAAGCUUUGAGGACUUGCAUGCAAGAGUAGCUCCAAGAAACUCCAGAAGCCCUUAUAAAACAGAAGUCAGAUCAGCCCGCCUCAGACCGCGCUCAACCACAGGCUCACCCAAAACCAUCUGGGGUGCCGAUUCGUUCCCAGGCCCUCCUCAUCCUACAUCAGAUCUCAUUUUGCAUGAUCCUUCCCCUUCACACACCCCAUUAGCAGGUACUAAUUCCUGUCUCCACCCUGACCCUUCCCUUCCUGCGAACCCCCCAGUCGAGUUGCCCAGCAUGGGUUCCACAUGCUCCUCCACCACCCAGCCCCAAGUUGACGCACCGCUCUCCCUCUCACCUGAGGAGACACAGCCAGCCCAUGAGGAGAGCAGCCCUCACCCAGUGAAGCCCUUGACCAACACGGCUCUACAGGGAGAGAAGAAACCUGAAAGCCGCUCAGUGCUGGAGAAACUCAAGUCCACCAUCAACCCAGCGCGAUCUGCACCAGCAUCCACUGCUGAGGAGGAGAAAACCCAGCUGGCUCUGAUGGAGGCUCGGGCUGAGUACCAGAACAUGACGAACAUGGAGCUGAUAGCUCUGCUGCUUCAGCAGGAAAUAGACGUCAAGAAGCAGCGGGCUGAAACUGAGGUGCAGGUGGCGUUAUUGGAGAAACGUGAGGCCGAACUGAAGAAGAUGAAGGUUCAGGUCAGAGACCUGGAGGACUACAUUGACAAGCUGCUGGUGCGCAUCAUGGAGCAGACGCCGACCUUGCUGCAGGUACGCGCCAGACCAAAAUGACUACAGUGAUCUGCUCCGUCCCGAGAACACCUCAUAUUGAUCUAAAGCCAUUUGUGAUGCUCUGUUCGAUUUCAGAUAACUGCCAGAUACACGUAGACACGAUAAAGCUUUGCAUGCUUCUAACUAGAUUCCCAAAUCCACAAUCUUUGAGGUUUAGCAUACUCCUAGUUAUGCUGAGAGCACAAGGCAGUGGUUAAAAGUAAAAAAAAAAAAAAAAAAAGACUGUAUAAUUAGAUUUUGUCGUUCACAUGUAGAUGUAAAUAUUCAUAGAAUCUACACAAAUAUGUGUUCUUCAUAAAUGUGCUGAUUUCCAUUAUAGAAAAUAAGUUCUGGGAUCUUUAUGCAUUCAAAAUGUCUCUAAAUGUAUACAAAUCCAUAAAUGCAAGUAUAAAACCACUGCCUUUAUUAAUUGACUUCUUUAAACAUUAACACUCAUCUUUCCUCAUAAUUGGACAUAUUUGGAACAAAAAAAAAAAAAAAAAAAGAAAACUCCUAAUUCUCAACUAAUGUCAAUAUAAUCUCAAUCCUGUCCAGAUUUCAAGAAAAUAUUGUUGACGUAGUAAUCACAUGGUAUUAAAACUAAUGUUACACUGUUCGAUAUGAAUCCAGAAAUUUAAUAACAGUAAUAUUUAAUACAUAUUAUGUAGUCUAAUACACCUUGUGUCAAAGUUGAUGUAAAAUACUGCUUUAAAUAAUAUUAAGUAAAUGUAAAUAAAUAUCUUUCUUCUUGAUAGCUUUAAAAGCACCUUAAUAUGUAUUUUGCAGAAGCGUUGUGCUUGAGCCAGUCAGCUUUGCCUCACAGAACCCACUGAUAUUAGUGCAUGUUCACUUCCAUCAAGCACUCGCACAAAAGCAGAUUGUCUCUGCAAACAUGUAAGCUAUGCAAUACAACCUGCUAAACUGUAGCUGGAGUUAAUAUAUGCUACACAAAAUAUAUCCAUGAAGCCUUAGCACUGCAGCAUACUUAGAUCAUUGCUAACGUAGCAAAUUUAGUGAUAAGCAAAUGCCUAAGCUUUCUAAACCACAAAAACAAUGGAAGAUCUGUUUGUUUUACUGCAUUGUAGCUUCAUCGUGUUAGAGCGGCUUUGUGAUUUUCUCUGAUAUUCAUUCUGAUUGGGUUUCAUACUAAUGUUUUUGUUCAGUUUUCAAAGAUAAAGUUACGUGUAACUUUUGUUAAUCAUACAGUAUUCAGUGUUUUCUUGGUUGAUGUUUCCUAAUUUAUUAGGCUGAUGGAAAUAAGAUUGUGUCACACAAGAACAUCAGUUCUAUGUCUGAGUUUUGGAUGUAAAGAAAGUACAGGGUUCCCGUUACAUUUUGUUGACUCAAGGCAUACAUUUUUCUGUGCAUCAACAACAAUACAUCCUGAAAAAAAUAUAUAUGUAUAUAAAUUAUUUUAUUUUAGUUCCAAUUUCGACAUGUGUUGCAGGAAAGAACCAUGUAUCACUGUGAUUCAAGAUUGUUGCUGAUUCAUUUUGCCUUUUAAUCUCCAUUUUGCUCUGUGCCCCUGUGGAUUUAUUUACAACAUUCACAUUUGUAUUUUUUAUUUUGUUUUAUUUAUUGCUAAUUAUUUCAAACAGCUUCAUUUUCAAAGUUAUUUGAAAAUAAAGUUUUAAAAUCA